CCGGCAGCUGACGAGCAGGGUAGAAAAAGGACGGCGGCGGCGCUGCUCUCAAGAUGCCCGGGAAGCAUCUCUACCAGCGCAAGCAGAGUCAAGUUGGACUUCGACCUUCAAAAUCAACUACAAGGAGAAGGGAUGAAGAGGCGGGUGUCGAAGUGGGCGAGGGCGCUGACGAAUGGUCCCAGGCCAAGACCUUAAUCAAGCCCCCAGACCAGCUGGACCUGACAGAUGCAGAACUGAAAGAGGAAAUAACCCGCAUCCUGACAGCCAACAACCCACAUGCUCCACAGAAUAUUGUCAGAUACAGUUUUAAAGAAAAAGCCUACAAGCAAACCUCGGUGGUGGAGCAGAUGGCAGUACACUUCUCUCUUUGUGGGAACCUGAUCUUCAAAGAUUCGGAUGAGGGUCGCAGACAGGGCAUGAGAGUCAGUUCGUCUGAUCUAAGAAACCGAGGAACACUGCCAAAGGCAGCGGAUGGGAAAAGGGAGACUUCUACAGAAGAGAUGAUCCAGCAGGAAACCUGGCGCCAGCCAGAAGCCAAGAAUGAAAAACAGCCAGUGACUAAGAGAAUCUGA